CUUGCGUGCGGAAUUCUAUGUUUAGAGCAUUUUUUCUUGAGAGAAAAAAGGAAUGCAACAGUGACAACUGGAGCUAAUAUUGCUUGCGUGCGGUAUUCUAUGUUUUAGGGAGACCUAUUAAAGAAAAUCCCGCGACCAUAUGCCGCCUGCAUAACAUUGAACAUAUUUUUUUAAAUUAUUUUCUCCCUGGACACAUGACCUUUAACACCGCUCAACGUUAUAUCAGAAUGCACAUUCCCCUACUGUCAGGCCCAAAAAUGCGUCGUACAUCUUUGAGUCGAAAUCACUAUUUUGUUAUUGGCCUAUUUUUGGGUCUCGUCCUAUCAUUCUAUGUGCCACAAGAUAUUUGGGAAUUGGUGCAGCAGGAAGAAUGUCCUCAGGAAGCAGCUGAAAAUAGUCUUAUCGAAAAAUUUGGCCAGGAGUUUGAACCGCAUUUGAAUUUAAUCAAUAAACCAUUGGCGGCCAAGAAAACGGUUAAAAAUGUCAUACGACCGCGUUAUUAUUCUUCCGAACUGGGGAUACGUGAGAAGAUCUUUAUUGGCGUGAUGACAACGCAAGACAAUAUCAACACCCUUGCAACGGCCAUAAAUCGUACCACAGCCCAUCUGGUCAACAGAAUCAAAUUCUUCAUCAAUGCCGAAAAUGUGAAGACGAAUUACAAACUCAAGAACAUUGUGGGUUUCACCGAUACUCGGGAAAAUCUGCGACCAUUCCAUGUCAUCAAAUAUAUAGCCGAUACUUAUCUGGAUGACUAUGACUAUUUCCUCAUCAUUCAGGAUAAUGUGUAUGUGGAUGCCCGCAAACUGAAGGCGAUGUUGUACCACAUGAGCAUCACCUUCGAUUUGUAUAUGGGAACGAAAUCGGAAUCGAGUAAUUACGGCAGCUAUGGGGCCAAUGAUCAUGUGGCGGCAGCGCCACAACGUCAGCUAAUGGAGGGUGAAGAGGGAGGGGCGGCUGCAGAAGCUGCCGCUGCAGGAGCGGGCGAUGAAUUCCGGAUGUUGAGCGAUCGAAAUUAUUGUGAUCUAAAUGCUGGUAUACUUUUGAGCAGCAGUGUGAUACGUAAGAUGCGCAAUAAUCUGGAUUGGUGUGUUCGGAAUGGCAUUACGAAUGUUCAUAGUAUUAAUAUUGGGCGCUGUGUUAAAUACUCGAGUAAUUUGCCGGGAUGCCAGGAAGUUUUUCAGGGUAUCCAACAGCGGACAUAUGAUUUGAAAUCGAGUGUGAAACUAUUCAAAGAUUUGAAUUUACUAACAAAAGACGAGGCAUUCCGCAAUGCAACCACAAUAUAUCCGGUCACAUCGAUGGAUGAUUUCUAUCGUUUGCAUGCCUAUUUUUCGAAGUAUCAUUUGGAGAUCGUUCAACAGAACAGCGCCGAUCUGGAACAAAAAUCCUAUCGCAUUGCGAAUGGUACAAUUUCGAAUAAUAUUCUCGAAAUACGCUGGCCCCUGGGUGUGCCCUUGGCUAGUGCACCCGAAACCCGUCACGACAUCAUCAUGUGGCACUACAUGAAUGAGACACAUAUCUUUUUGCCCAAUGCCGAAAAUAAUGUCGAACCCUUAUCUGCCAUUGAGGCGGAUGAUCUGAAGAAAGUUCUAGACAUAACACGGCAAUAUGCCAAACAUAAAUUUCCCAAUAUGAUUUAUGUGGGAAUCCAUAGUAUCUAUCGGAGAUUUGAUGCCACUCGGGGUAUGGAUUAUCGUAUACACUUAUUGCUGCGCGAUACCGGACGAUUAUCUGCCUUGACUCAAAGGGGGCCAGAAAUUAAAAAUUUCCAAAUUGUUAAACCCCUGGGACGGGUGGAAGUGGUGCCAUCGCCCUAUGUCACCGAAUCGACGAGAAUAGCCAUAUUGGUGCCGACAUUCGAACAUCAAAUGGAAGAGGCUUUACAGUUUAUCAAUCAAUAUGAAAGGACUUGCAUGCGCAAUCAGGAUAACACUUUUUUGUUGAUGAUUUUCAUGUAUCGCACCGAAUCGGCCAGCAAAGGUGACAACGAUCCCUUUAAGGUAAUCAAAACUCUUGCCCUCGAUCUCUCAUCGAAAUACAAAAGUGAUGGCUCACGCAUAGCCUGGGUCUCGGUGAGGCUACCCCAGGUCCUCAGCGAAUCUUCAGCAACGGAAGACAUUAUGUUGAGCUCAGUAUAUGGCCGCAAUGAAAUUCUCAGCAUUGCCGUAGCCGAUCUUGCCCUACCCAAACUGGGUCUCGACAGUCUGGUUCUAAUGGCCUCAAAUUCGAUUAGCUUUAAACCAGAUUUUCUUAAUCGGGUCCGCAUGAAUACCAUACAAGGCUUCCAGGUCUAUUCACCCAUCGGUUUCAUGAUGUACCCAUGUAAACUUGCCGGAUUUUGUAAGGAAUGCGAAACCUGUGAUGUCAGCCAAAGUACUGGGUACUUUGAUAAAUGGAAUUACGAUAUAGUUUCAUUUUAUAGUCGCGAUUAUGUGCAAGCCCGCAAACUAAUUGAAGCAGCUGUGCCGAUAACACGUUCCGAUAACGACAUUGAACGGCUGCUGACACGACCGGACAAGAAUAUCAAUAAUGUCCUCGAUAUGUUUGUGGCAUCCCAGCUGCCGGUGCAUAUUUUGCGGGGUGUUGAACCGAAUUUACGUUACGGUGGUGCCAUUAAGAAUUUCAUCGAUAGACAAAGUUAUGAAACAAAACCCAUACCAAAAUGUCCACUGGAAACUGGAGACGAGGUGGUGGCGGUCGGCGAUCCAGCAAAUGCAAAAGAACGAAGUAGUACGCGAACGACGACGACGAAAGAUGAAGGAGAACAUAAGUGUAUACACUUGGCAUCGAGGAAGCAAAUCGGUUAUGCCAUAAUACGUUACGAAGAUAAAAGUAUUAUUAACAAAUGAGACCACUUGUGGGUUGCGGGGGAGAGAAACAAGAGUGACUUCCUUUGUUUGCUCUCCUCUAUUGGCUGUCUCGUUGUUGUUAUUAGUUUGUUAUAUAUAUUUUUUUUAAAUAUUUCUAAAUGAAAAUAUACAUAUCUUCCUCAUUGCAGCUAACUUUACUAGUGUCAUGUAUACAUACAUAUAUACACAGUUAUAUGUAGGUAUAUAAUUUAUAAUUGAGUCAAGUAUUUCCAAUUUAUAGUCUGUAGUUAGGGAAUUUAUUAAAUAAUUUUUUUUUUAUUUAAUUACUUCAUGCACAUAAACAUAUUCAUUGUAUUUGUUUGUUGUCAUUAUUAUUGUUGUAAAUAUAUGUAUAGGAUUAUUUUUAUGUGUAAGAAAAUAUUUUAGUAAUAAUUUAAAAAUUUAUAAAAAAAAAAUUAAAAUUGCCAAACAUUCAUUUAAAAAUUGUGUUGUGUAGAACACAAAUGCCACAUGCAUACAUUUUCUUUUCGAAAUAGAAAUACGUAAAUAUAAAAAUAAUAGAAAUCCAAUGUUACAAAGCUCCAACGAUUAUAUCAAAUGCUCAAAUAAUUUAGCAUAUACAUUUAUAAUUUAUUAUAAUUAUAGUAUAUUUAUUCUGUUUAACAUAGUUGUCAUAUAAUUUGCCAAAAUCUUGCUUGUAUAUUUUAUUACGAAAUAUGAAAAAUAUUCCUAUAGAAUUUAA